AUGCAGAACGCGCCGCCCGCCACAUCCCCGACACCGCUAACCCGCAGUAAGAAGAAGAAGUGGUCGAAGGGCAAGGUCAAGGACAAGGCCAACAACGCCGUUGUCCUCGACAAGGCUAUCUACGACCGCAUCAUGAAGGAGGUCCCGACCUACAAGAUCAUCUCGCAGUCGGUGCUCAUCGACCGCAUGAAGGUCAACGGCUCGCUUGCGCGCCGCGCGAUCGCUCACCUCGAGAAGGAGGGCCUUAUCAAGCGUGUUGUCCACCACAACGCCCAGCUCGUCUACACCCGCGCCACCACCGGCAAGGAGUAA